AUGUCACCAAUAACAAGCGUUUGUUUUUAUACCACUGAUGCAUUUCGUGUCUAUACUACAUUUUUUCUUGGUAUUAUACUCUGUGGCACGCCUAUAUUAAUUAUGAUGACAUUUGGAAUUUUAGCUUAUCAAAAUAUAAAAAAAACAACUGCUCUCGCACGUCUACGUGUUGAUCGACAAUUGACAAUCAUAGUUUUUAUUCAAGUUUUGCUUACCUUGAUAGGUCUUAGUCCAUACGGUAUUUAUAAUGCUUAUGCACUUAUUACGAUAGAUGUUGAGAAGGAUGCUGAUCAAAAAGCCAAAGAUGCAUUGGCUUCUAACAUCACUUUUCUUUUUGGUUCAGUUGCUUAUGCAGGACGAUUCUAUCUUUUAAUGUUUGCAUCACCUCGUUUUCGUCAUACGGUGAAGAAUCAAGUCUUACGGUGGCGACAACCACGACGUAUAAUUCCUUCGGCAAGAUGA